GAUGUUAGCUUGGGAGAAGCAACAGUUAAAAAAGAAAGAGGAAAUGAAUAUAAUACAUAUACAGAAAAAGAUUGGUUGUUAUAUCUUUAUUUCGUUUUUCAAAAAGGUAUGAAGCAUAAGCAAGCUGUGGAGGCUGCCAACGUCAACCAACAUACAGCACGAAAAUGA